UCCAAUCAAGUAAAUCCCCCUCAUGUGGCACUCGACCAAUUUAAGUAGCCCAACGCUCAUUCCUUUCGGCCAUUCCAAUCCCUUCCAAACCUAAUGUUCUUUGAGUUGGUGUUCUCAAAUUCCUUCCCCACUAGAACCUGUAUCAAUCAUUUCACAUCAUCUUCUUCACAAUACCAGCACAAAAAUACUAGUACUCUUUCCAUCCUCCUCCUCCUCGAUUCCUCAUGGCAGACCCGCAAAGUCGAGCUGUUACUAGGGGAGUUGAGUCAUCUAAUCCAGAUUUUGGUCCUCCUCCAAAGGCCACAAAAAACAAGUAUGCCUUAGCUUGUGCGCUUUUAGCUUGCAUGUCAUCAAUCCUACUUGGUUAUGAUACGGGAGUGAUGAGCGGAGGAAUGAUCUACAUACAGAGGGAUCUUAAAAUCUCCGAUGUCCAAAAAGAAGUCUUGGUGGGAACCAUCAACGUCUACUCUCUUCUGGGUUCUGCCAUUGCUGGUCGGACGUGCGACUGGGUAGGCCGACGAUACACCAUAGCCAUGGCCGGAGUAAUCUUCUUCGUCGGGGCCUUUUUGAUGGCAUUUGCCACCAACUAUGCCUUCCUUAUGGUCGGCCGGUUUGUCGCCGGAAUCGGAGUUGGGUAUGCUAUGAUGAUAGCCCCCGUAUAUUCUUCCGAGAUCUCUCCAAGAUCAAUUCGGGGAUUCAUCACUUCUUUCACGGAAGUGUUCAUCAAUUUUGGCGUGCUGCUGGGAUACGUGUCCAACUAUUUCUUCGCCAAGCUUCCCACCAACUUGGGGUGGAGAUUCAUGAUGGGAGUUGGCGCAAUUCCGUCGGUAAUGCUGUUCGUGGGGGCCUUGGUCAUGCCGGAGUCGCCACGUUGGCUGGUGUUGCAAGGCAAAGUAGGGAUGGCCAGAAGAAUUUUGGAGAAAACCUCGGAAUCUUUACAAGAAGCCCAGGAGAGAUUAGCCGACAUUAAGGAGGCUGCCGGCAUCCCCGAGGACAACCACGACGAGGUGGUAGAGGUUCCCAAGGACAGAACCGGUGGUAAAGGUGCAUGGAGGGAAAUGUUCAUCCAUCCCACGCGGGCGGUCCUGCACAUCACGAUCGCAGGCAUCGGUUUAUGCUUCUUCCAGCAAGCUAGCGGCAUUGACUCGGUGGUGAUGUACAGCCCCACAAUCUUUGGGAACGCCGGUAUAAAGAGCGACAGCGGUAAGCUACUGGCCACCAUAUCUGUUGGGGUCACCAAGACCAUCUUCAUCUUAGUGUCUACAUUCUAUCUAGACAAGUUCGGACGGCGGAUACUGCUCUUAACAAGCACCGCUGGUUUGGUAUGCUCCCUGGUGGGACUGGGCAUUGGAUUGACGGUGAUCGAUCAGCAUCCGAACGAGAAGCUAACCGGGGCCAUAGCUUUUUCCUUUUUCUGCGUGUUGGCGAGCGUAGCAACGUUUUCAAUGGGGUUAGGUCCGGUUGCUUGGGUCUACAGCUCGGAGAUUUUCCCCCUGAGGUUAAGGGCUCUGGGAAGCGGCUUGGCGGCGUCCAUGAACAGGUUGAUCAGCGGGGUCAUUCUAAUGACCUUCAUUUCAUUGUACAAGGCCAUCACCAUAGGCGGGGCCUUCUUUUUGUUCGGGGGAAUUGCGUCUGUCGCCUUCGUUUUCUUCUUCACAUUGCUGCCGGAGACGCGGGGCAGAGGCCUCGAGGAGAUGGAGGAAUUGUUCGGCACCUUUUGCAAGUGGAGGUCCACAGUCAGAGAGUUGGAGGAAAAGAAGAAAUUGGAAAGUGAAAAGAAGGAGAAGAACGAUCUGGCUUAGAUUAGACUAUACUCUGCUAGUAUAUGAUUAUGACUAGAAAAUAUGAAUUGAGUAGGUGAGUCUUGGCUGUGCCGUUGGCAUUCAAUUAGAUAUAGCAUCAUGUAAGGCAAAAACAUGUUUAUGUACACAAACAAAAGAGAUCAAUAAAUCUACUAUAUUACAUAUAAGAGCCAAAUGAUUGUCUA